AUGGCCGAAUCAGACCACUCUCAUACGGCCACACGGUCCGCAUUACCGGAGUAUCUUCGACGGACCAUAUCAGCAGUCCUGUCUGAGAUUUCGGGACCCGGGCUCGCGGACUUCGCGCAGACGCCGAGUGAGUAUCUCACGCUAGAGCAUAUCAAGGGUCUGCAUGACAGGAAGUUGCAGUACGCUUAUCUCCUGCUGGCGCGACACUUGUGCACGGAAAGGCUAAAGGGCUUUGGUGCCGAGUUGAGAUCCAGGGCUGAUGGCCAGCGGGACGUCCAUGGGGAAGGGCAAAGUGACGGUAGUGAUGACAUUGAUGAGGACGAUGACGAGGACGUUGAAGUGGAUGGUAUCUCACCAGAAUUGAUACUGGACAGGGCUGAAAUUUAUGAGGCACUGGGGUAUGCGGACCUCGCGCUCGCAGACGCCUAUGUUGCCUAUACUCUGCUACUUGUUGCUUGGGAUGGGUCUUCGGAUAGUGAUCUGGUGCCGGUCACACGGGAUGGCGAGAGACUUCGCCAGAUCCAUGGUCAUGAGACCAAUCCCGAGGAUUUGGAUGAAAAUGCGGAUGAAGGUGUGGUAAUGAACGACAAUGAUAACCAGGCCGCAGGCGAGGAUGAUCAAGACGAGACCGAGAGCUACAAUGACAGCGAAUGGAGCAGUACGAACCCUUGGAGGCACCGUGACUGGGUCAUGGAUGCCAUCGCCCAAGCACUAGGGCUGCUGUGCCGGUCUGCACUGAUACUGGGCUGUGAUAGUCAGGCGAAGAUUUGGUUCGACAAACUUGUCAACCGCGGUUUUCUUUACGAGAUUGAAUCGGGGGAUGAAUCUUAUGAAGAGCUUGCAGGAAAGAGACUGAGGAAGUUGAUCGUGAAGGUGGACUUAUUCAAGGAUUUUUGGUGUGUUUUCCACGUCGAUAUGAAAGACCUAGAUAAAAGACUGGAUCGUUUGGCGUUGAGCAAGUUCGAGAGGAGCGAUUCUGUCACUUUCCCAUUGUUCGGUUGGAGUCAGCGCCAGAUAUAUCCCUGGAACGAGCAUGAGCCGGACAGAAUGGGUCAGGAAGCAUUGCGGGAUAUCAACGAAAGAUUAGCAAUUGCGGCUCCUGCCUUGGAAGCCAGGUUGUCCACGCUACCUGCUCUUGCCCCACCAGUGAAGACUGCUAAUGCUGGCGAAGGAGAUAUUGCAUGCGAUGAGAAAUGGACGCAAUUGGGACUCUACGCAAAUAAAGACCUUGAACCGGGCUCAACAAUCCUCGAGGAACGCUCGAUGCUUACAGCUAUACGGCCACAUGGAGAGGCGCUCUGCGAUGCCUGCGCAGCAGAUAUGGAGCCCAUACCAGCCACAGAUAGACGGUACUGUGGAGGCUGCAACCUUCCAUUUUGUUCGGAGGAAUGUCAUACUGUAGCGACAGCACGUUACCACGCUCCCAAUGAGCAAGAUGAAGAGACAGAGGAAGGCUACCCCCCAGAAACCUGCCCUUUCUGUCCAGGCACAGUAGGGAACGAUGACAUACAUAUUCUAGGCCGGGCUGAAAGUUCAACUACCCCUGAGUGGGAUCUUUAUUUUCUUUUACUAUCCCGGACGCUUCAGAUGGCCGAGACGCAGGAGACAUACCCUCUAGACCUCUUCGAGAUCAAAUACUUGUGGGGGGAUUUCUCACCGACACCUGAUGUCAACAACCUCAACAAGGAUCUAGAAGGGAAGGGCACACUGCCUUUCAGUGUGCGCCAUCACAUCGAGCUCCCUCUUCAGUGGUUCGAGAUCCUGAUGCAUUCCCGUCCAGAGUGUCGGCCGUACAGCGCAACCUGGUUGGAAAAGUACGACUGGUGGGCCGUGCAGACAUUGUUCGCAAAAUUUCGCGGCGUCGCUGAUGCUCAACAAUCGACUUGGACUGGCAAACCUGAAGUCGCAGCCGUACACCCAUUAUGGUGCCUAGCGAACCAUAGCUGCAACCCCAAUGUUACAUGGAAGCCUUCCGGAGUGAGGAACCUGACGGUUGUAACUCAGAGGGUUUGGAACACAGCACUCGAAGAUACUACUAAAAGCGAAACUGGUGAUUCUGCGUGGAGUGGCAUCAAACAGGGAGAUGAGAUCUGGAACCAUUACACGGAUAUAAACGAAAAGGACUAUCGAGAGAGAAGAGCACGGUUGCAAGCCGUGCUCGGAGGUGAUUGCCUGUGUGAGCGAUGUACGAGCGAAGCCAACAGAUGA